AAUUUGCAGAAAAGUGCGCAUCACGAAAGCCAAUCAGAACACUUUCUGUUGUAAGAUCUUGAAAGAAACUGAUUAAUUCAGGAAAGAAAUAUUUAUUAUUUUCUCAAUAGACAAACGCGUGAUCUGAGGAAAGCGUCUGCCCAGCUCAGGUUACCACUAAAGAAAAAAUGCUGCGCUUGAUGUUUAUUUACGUUAUCGCGUUUGUUUUGGUUACGGAUGCAGUAAGUCAAGUUAUUAAUUUCCCGACCAAUGCAGAUUCAUCUCAAUCUUCGAUGAUGUGUGAUGAUGGCGCAAGUUGCGUUCGACCUAAAAGAUGCCGAGAGGUCCUGAGGCAGUUCGGUAGGGAGGUCUUUUGUGGCAGAGGAGGAGAAAAAAUGGUUUGUUGCGUAUCUGUGCGAAGGAGAUUCAAUGACACCAACGUCCCGAGAGCUCCUUCAUCUCCAACUCCUGAUCCUCUUCCUCCAGUCUCAGUUUCGCCUUCUCCAAAAGAAUUUCCAGUUUGCGGCGUGAGUCAGCCACUUCCACAGGGAUCCGAAAAUUCACUCCCGACGACCGCCUAUGACACAGGGACGAAACAGGGCCAGUUUCCUUGGAUGGUAGCAGUGUUGUUUAAAAGUCACGGUGUGUACUCUGUGUUUUGUAAUGGUUUCAUGAUCAACCAUCGACAAGCCUUAUCUGCAGCACACUGUUUUGAGCAGCCCACAAGACCGGAUUUAUAUUCCAUUCGCAUUGGCGACAUCUACUACGCCGCAGGAAAGAAAUUCAAGAUUACUGACAUAACCCUUCACGAAGGGUACAAACCUGGAGUCAUGUAUGACGACAUUGCAGUCCUGACACUCGACAGAGAUGUGGAUUUCCCAGGAUUCAGUCCAAUAUGCUUGCCGACCGAGGCUGCAGGGAAUUUGGAAGACACUACUUUUACAUCGGCUUCAUGGGGUGCUACGGUACCAGGAGGCAUUAUGAGUCCCGUACUGCUACAUCUUAACUACAUACCAAUCGUUCCCAAUGAUGUUUGCAACGAGGUAAUUUCCAGAGGGUUGAAUGGAUUUCCGGCGUAUCUUCCUAAAGGUGUAACAGGUGAGAUUCGAUGUGCUGCAUAUUCGGAUGAAGUAGGCAGCACCUGCCACGGUGACUCUGGCAGCCCACUUAUGCGCCAAAAUGCAAACCGUUGGAUCGCUGAGGGAGUUCUAUCCUUUGGAUUUGAUCGCAUUCAAAAAUACCCAAAAGGAUAUACUCUAAUAUCCAAUUACCUGGACUGGAUUCGACAGAAAACGCAACCAGGAGUUGAGCUGCACUGAUCAUCCUUCAGUGUAAAAACGACGAGCGAAAAGAGGACAUUAUUAAAAUUUUCUACGAUCUUUAAUUUAAGAAUAUUUUGCAAUAAAGUGAUUUCUUUAAAUGAAAUGCAUUCAGUUUUUUAAUGACUGAUAUUUAUACUUCACGGAUAAUAAGUAAACCAUGCAAUCAGAGAUUUAAUGUGUCAGGAAGUUUGACUUGUUACUGUUUAAUUCGGUUGCUACAAGUCCUCUAUCUAGAUUUUUAUUUUAAUUGGGCGAUUCUGGCAGCCCACUUAUGUGCCAAAAGGAAAAACGUUGAAUUGCCGAAAGUAUUCUAUCCUUUAAAAUUGGACACAGGCGUGAAUUCCCCGUACCAUAUACUCAAAUCUCCAGUUACCUGAACUGUAUUCGACAAAAAACGCAACCAGGAGUUGAACUAUACUGAUCAUCUUUCAAAGUAAAAAUGAAGAGUGAAAAGAGGAAAUAAUAAAAAUUAUUUACUUGUCGUCAUUUUA